AUGGUUCUAUCACGCUGGUUCGGUGGAAACGGCGGCCAUGCUGGCAAGGCGCAGGCGGAGUUCCCUAAUAAUACAUUAAAAAUAAUCGAAAUCGCGACGGGGUGGCAAGAUGGUUCUCAGGUCGUUGCCGGGAUCAAAUUAAAAUGGGUGGGUGGUGAAAUUCAGCGUUUUGGGACCUCGUUGGACAACCAUUAUGUUGCACGCUUCUUUGAUGACGAUGAGACUAUAGAAACCAUGGUUGUCGGUUCAGGGGAUAUGGUUGAUAGCAUAUAUAUUAAAAGCAGCAAAGGACAGGAACUGCAGGGUGGAGGCGACGGGGGUACUAAGCGUCAGGUCGACGUUGGUAAAGGUAUCCUGCUGAGAGCGGAUAUAUACUCUGGUGAUAAUCUCGAUGCUAUUCGCUUCGACUUCAUGGAUUGAUCAUCAACUCGACCCUGUUUGCUAUGAGUACCUUCAACCAUAUCAUUUUGCAAGAAAGGCAUCACGCUUAGAUAUACUGCGCAUAUCUCUUGCACCUUCCCUGGCUUGAUUAAGCUUUUACUAGAGCGAUGCACAAAAUUUGUCUUUCGGCGAUUGAAGAUGUAUAUAUCGAUCUGUGCUUAAAAGGAUGCAUAUAGACCAGCCAUUCUUGUUAAAUAUACAAUAUUAAAUUAUCUGCCAG